UUCAACGUUCCAAGACUUGGGCUACACCCCCCUCCCCUCCAAACCUCCAAAAUAAACCUCAAUGUUUAAGAUUCCUUCUAUCAACAACAAACAACCUCAAAAUAUCAUUACUCUAUACCCCCCGCACCAAUAACAUCUCCACCUCCCCCACCAACCCUAAUCCCAAUAAAACAAGACUUGACUACCUACAAUUUAGCAACAGAACAACCCUUAUUUAAGCCUAUAAAGGAGGAGCAAAAUAAAGCAUAUGGACAAAUACAGAUAAAUAAAAUAUCAUCAUUACCAGCCUCCUCCCCUUCAAUAGCCUCAUCCCCCUCAAUACCUAUACAAAUGUUUCCGCCUAGCUAUGAAAAGGAAGAACAAAUAAAAUUUCAGAAAAAAGGCCCAAUACAACUGGCUACAUUUUUUGGUUAUGGAAUAGGGGGAAAUUAUGGAAGGAAUGGAAAUAAUAAUGAAAAUAUACCUAAUAAAAUUACUAAAUUUGGAAGAGAAGAAGAAAAUAAUAGCAAUAAUGAUGAAUUUAUUGAUGUUACUAAUAAUGAAAAGAUUGAUGAGAAAGAAGGAGCUGUUCUGGUUUAG